AUGGUGCUGGGGUUGGAUGCAAUAUGGAGCAAAUCACGCAAAAUGCUUGUCAAUAGAAGCAUGCGUCGAAAAGCCCACAUCGCCAAUGAAAACAACAAAAAUCAACUUAAAACUCCUCAGUCGCCUCAAAAACAUCAACAAAUCGAAAGUCCAGCAAAAUACAAAUCCAAGAUACCAGUCGCUAUCCGUCGUUAUUCCUCCACAUCAACCUCAAUAAACUCCGAACGUAAAAUUCUCCAAAUAACCGAUUUAGAUGAUUCAUAUCCAAAACUUCCCGAAACUGAACCCGAACCCGAACCGGAAUACAGUGAGAUAAACACCAGCAAAUACAAGAAAAACGAGCGUAAAAAGUGUGAAGUGCCCGAAUACAUCCGAAAAUCCUACGCGAAACAUAACCGUAGUUAUGAUAAACACCGAAAGUCAAAUCAAUCGGUUAAUAUAAAUAAUAAACAAAGUGAAGGCGAUAAUACGUAUUGCAAUGUAGAUUCAUCAACAGUGAGUUAUCGUGAUUAUCAACCAAAUAAAAAUAAAUGUGAAAAUGAAAAUAAAAAUGAAAUUUUACCACAGUUAGUGAAGUGUCACAUCUACGAAACUUUAACUCCGUUGAAAUCAAAGUAUUUACCAUCUCAUGCUGAUUGUUUCCGUGAUUCAAGUGACUUAAGUGAUUCAAGUGAUGAUGAACCUUUAAUUAUCAAAGCCUGUGCAACAGUUCAUCCAUCACCAGUGUUAUCAAAACCCCAAAAUGACAACCAAAAUUUCAACGGACAACAACAACAAUCACAAAAUAGCCGCGGAAGUUCAACACCUCCAAAGUUCUCAUCAAACACCUCAAGAUUAAUCAAAGAUGAACAUGGUUUGUACCUAAGUCCAAUUAUUCCUAAUGUGACUACUGUUGAUCGGAAAUCAUACAAAAUGGCGGAGCAGUUUGACAUCUCACCUCCACACCCAGUCGAUAAACCAUGUCGGAAGAAUCUUCAUGAUCGUUUUGUUGUUAACACAUACAAAGCUUCAUACUGGCAGAGAUUGAGCGGACGUGUCAAGCCACGCAUUGACGCCACGCACAAGAUCAAGGUCAGCGAACGCCCUGAUAGCGGCUGGUAUUCACACUCCGAUAGCAAUUCCGAUAGUGAGUUAAAAUCAACAAACAACGCGAUUAUGGUGACAAACACAGCCGGAAGUCAAAUAUCAACAUCAACAUCGACUUCGAAUUCAAAUUCAGCGUCAGCGUCACAAUCGUCGUCAGCGGCUAGUCUUUUGAGUGAUGUCGGGUUCGUUGGUGAGUUGUAUCGUGCAAGAAUCACUCCGGAUAAAAUAUUAGCGAAGAAAUUACGUCAAAGACAACGACGUGUUGUGCCUACUUCGUUGUUGACUAUGUUUGAUUCAAUGAUGGCUGAUUCUGAUGUGCCAUCAUCGCCUGAUGAUGAAUUUGUGCAAUUUUUGGAUAAGGAAGCUUCGAAAAUUGAAAUGGCAACGAAUUCGACGAAGAUUAAUUCUUUGGAGGAGAUUUAUGCAACGCCGAUGAAGACACCAAAGGAUAUUAAAGAAACAGAAAGAAAAAAAGCUGAUUUGUCGCUGGAUACUAAGACUUUUAUUAAAUUGAAGGAGGAAGCUGAUCUUCAGUGCAAAAUUAUGAGGCAGGCGUCGAAGGCUUUGGAAGUGUCUAGGAGGAGUGAGACGAAUUGUGUCAGCGUGAGGCCGCAGGUGGAAGCGGAGAAGAUUCUUCUGACCGCAAAUUGUAAGUACGAAAAAGUCCUCAAGGAAAUCCGCCAGACCCACUACGAGAAACCCAUCGAAGCGAAACAAACCGGAAGUAUCAAAAUCUCAGACAUUUCUAUCAAAUUACCCGAACUCUCCGAGGAUAAAACAGGCUGGUUCGUCCUAGUAUUAAUGGAUGACAAACGCAUCUUCUCAACAGAUGCAGUUGAAAUCCACCUAGAAAACCACAAACUAGACUUCCACCGAACAUUCCUCUUCGAUAAUCUUGACGGAAAUUUUGAAUUAACCGGAAAAGUCUACUGUUUACUGCAUAAACAGUGCGAGAAAAACCACAAGAAAAGCGAUGGUCGCCUCUCGAACAAAUUGAGGUUAUCAGGAAGAAAACUGCGAUACAUGGACCUCUACACCAAAGAUCCCGUUGAGACCAACAUCAAAACAUCAUCUUUUGUACCUCUGGGAUAUUUCAAAAUCACUGUGAAUGAUUUACAUACAAAAGUGUUAUCCAAAGAUAAUAAGGAAAGUAUUAAAAUCACUUUGUAUGAAAAUUCUCCAUUAGCUCAUGAAGUACAGAUGAAUAUUCAACUGGCGCAGAUGAAUAUUGCCGUUGAAAAGAUGGGAAUGUUAAACGUGAGAUCAAGAAUCAACCCGGUUGUUUGGAAGAGAAUGCUGUGUACGCUGAGUGGAACCGUGCUGAAACUUUGGGACAACGAAAUCGAUCAAGAUCCACUGAUGCUGAUUGACCUGAUUUAUUGCAAACAGGAGAUUGACAACGCCAAAAGAGAAGAAUGUCCGAGAGCUAAGACUUUGGCGAUUGUUUUGAGGCAUGAAACGCUUUAUUUGAAUAUUGAUACUAUUGCAGAGCUCAGGGAGUGGAAGAAAGUUUUAAAUGAAGUUUACAAGGGGUUGAAGGAUUGGAAAUUGUUGAAGGAAUAA